AUGGUCACCCGCUGCUGCAUUAUGAUUUACAUGUGCUGCGUCUUGAAGAUACCUUUCAUCUUAGAGCAGCCAAUGAGUUCACUUCUCCAAUACCAUCCGGAUUUCCAGAGACUUUGCCGGAGCUUUACCAUCUAUAAAGUCUUCAUUUGGAUUGGCUCUUAUGGUGGAAGCUGCCCAAAGGGAACCUUCCUCUACACGAACUACCGCUGGGUGCAAGAGCUCUACCUCCCUUUGCCCAAAGACAGGGAGUGGGAUGAAGAUGUUUCGAUCAAGUACAUUGACUCCCAGGGAAACCACCGUGUGCAGGGUGGGCCAGCUUUGAAAGCUACACAGCAUUACCCAGCUCUAUUUGGCCACUCCGUGGCGCAGCUGUGGGAGAGGAAUCGCGCUAACAUCAAGCGCUGUGUGCAACAUGCAGCGAAGCUUAUCAGCGCUUACAAUGCAGGCGCAUGCGUGUGCACUGGAAGGUGA